ACAGCUUCGUAGCUUUACCUGUUCAGACACUCUGUGGAGACGAAAGCAGCUGUCAACUCCGUUGACUUGAUGAGACAGACAUAAUCUGAGCAGGAGAAAUGCUAUGAAACUGUGCGGGCCUCAGAACUGAACUGGUUCCCUGUGCUACUGAACUACCGACAACUUUUACACAUGGAAACAGGUCAAAGUUGGCCCAACUGAGACGAGCUGAAGCUGGAAGCGGAGACUUGGUGGAGGGUGGACCACAGAGGCAUAAAGAGGUCUUCACAGGUCGUGCCCUGAGUUUUGAGCAUCUAUUUGUGCAAGUAUGAAUCCAGUGUGGAAAGUUUAUAAGAGCAAAGUGCUGAAGACCAUUAACCCUGAAUAUGAAGAGGACACUGCUGAAGAGGUCACAGAGGUGGAGAAUGAUAUGAGUCCUGUGCAGGAGGAUGAGGGACCCAACGCUGUAACCCAGCUGGCCAGGAAAAUGCAGGGGGCCGGGACUAAAAGCUGGAACAGGCUAUCAUCUCUCUUCAACAAAGACGAUGAACACCAGCUUCUAGAGGAGACUGAAAGCCCGCCAGUCCCCGACCAUCCACUUGCAGUAAAGCCAGAGGAGCCUCCACGACCCACUAAGCGCACAGCAUUCUGGGAUAGCUUUGCGGCCAACUGGGCUGCCAAGAAGCAGGCGGAAGCUGCGGCCGCUGCUGCUGCAGCGAACGAGGCAGCAGCCGGUCAGGGUGAGGAAGGGGUGACAGAGGCCGGAGAGGAGGAGAGCCAGGAUGGGCAGAUCCCUCAGGGAGAGGAGAGUGAAGGAGGAGGAGAGGGACGGAGCAGCAACAGCUUCUCCAAAUAUGUCUCGCUGGGAGGAGGGAGCGAGGACACAUCCUUCAAGUGGAACUUUGUCACAAGCAAGCUGGCAGAGCUGAAGUCCAAGAGCAACUAGCUGCUCAUGAUGAAAAAAUUGGGAGAAUAUAAACAAUAUGAUGAAGGGGUUAGAUGUAGGAUUGUGGAGGAGGAAGUUUAGGAGGAGGCUAUAUUUUACACAGGAUGUCCUGUAACUGAACUGUACAGCUAUUGUAGAAGUCCCUUUCUAUCUGAACUAUUCAAUGCAUGCAUUGUCUCCCAUACAUUUAGUUUUAAAACCAUAUUACAAUGAACAAAAAAGUUACAUAAACCCUUUUUCUUUUACCUUACUUACCCUAUUUUAGGCCCAUGAAUAGAGAGUAGUCUUGAAAAAAAAUAAACUUUCAAGUGCGAGGAGGGGUUAUAAUAUGAAUCAUGGCAUAUUUCAAACCUGAAAAUUAAAUGUCCCUUGUUCCUGGAAGACACAAAGUUAAGUGCUGGAGAUACUCUGCAAUAUACUAAUACUUACUUCUACUAUAUCAUUACAGAAUAAAAUGAGUUUACUUUACAAAGGGAACUUCUAAAACUGCUUGUACUAAAAGAGAGUUACGCUAAUUAAUGAAAUUCUUUAUUCUUUCUAAGAGGAGAGGUGGGAGUAAGAUGCGUAUCUGCCUACAGAUAAGCGAUAAGCUAUCUCUUUACCAGCGUGAGACGCAGCAUGUAGCCGACAGUAUAACAAGUGAUCAGAGGUAAAUACAGCAGAUUUAUUGCUUUAUCUGAUGUUGAAGCUGGUGUAUAGGCUGCACAGCCUACUUUUUUAGGGGGUUGGGUGGUGAUAUCUACCUUCCCAAAGUGCUUUUUAAACCACAAAGAGGUGCCUUCAUACCUGUCAGCAAACUUGAUCUAAUCUGUAACCGGAUUAAGAGAUUAAAAGCAGUGAUAGCUAGAUUAGUUGAGGAUUAUCUCACUUAACCUGCGCAGAGGGCAGGGGAUUUCAGUAAUGAGAUUUGGCAGCGCGACAUAACUAUUACAUAAUAUAAGCAUUUAUUUAAACCACUUUUUCUCUCCUCGGACAUCAGGAAGGAGAUCUGUGCUGCACAAUUAUAUGAAAUGUGUGAAAUAUGAAUGUGUGUUUGUGGUGAGAUCAUGUCAGGUGCACUGACAUGAUGACUUAACUGACUUUCAUUUUCUGAUUGUGACUGAGACACUGAGACAAAGUGUGAGUUUUUAACAUUCCUAAUCUUGUGACAUAUUAUUUUAUCUCAGAUUUUGGUUUUCGUCUCGUUGUACGUUUUAUUUUGCUGUUUUGUUUUUUCGGUAUGCUAUAAUAAAGACUA